CUGAAAGCUUGGACCCAUCUCCAGCUCCUAAAAUAGUAGACCGGUCACCUUCCUCCGAAACAUCCUUCCAACGCUUGUGUCCUCUCCCUCUCCCUCUCCCUCUCUCUUUCUAUCCAGCGUUCUUUAGCCGUCUUUCAGGAGGAUAUAGCAGCUAAGGUUUCAGUGUGGAAGACUACUCAUCUUAAUGCACGGUCGGUCUCACAAUAAGACGUCUCUGAAGAUCUUGGCUUAAUUUUUCGGUGGAGAUAUUGAUUUGCUUAGGACAAGCCGGUCCGAUGCCUUGGUUUUCUUUAUUUUUCAAGUGCUACAGAGCUCCCUCUUUAAACAGAGAGGUCGAUGACGAGGUUUCAGGAAUUCAAAAUACAAAAUUGUACAAGUAUGAAGAGUUGGUCAAAGCAACCGCAGAUUUUAGUCGAUCCAACAAAAUCGGUCAUGGGGGUUUUGGUUCUGUCUACAAGGGUGUACUUGAAGAUGGCACCUUGGUCGCCGUGAAGGUGUUAUCUGCGGAGUCGAGUCAAGGAGUGCGGGAGUUCUUGACAGAGAUAAACAUGAUUGCAAAUAUAGAGCAUCCUAACCUAGUUAAGUUGCAUGGCUGCUGUGUGGAAGGAGAGCACAGGAUUCUGGUAUACGGUUAUCUCGAGAAUAAUAGCCUCUCACAAACACUUCUUGGCGGUUCCCAUAGUAGCAUCCAAUUUCAAUGGCCUACACGACGUGAGAUUGCCAUAGGCGUGGCGAUGGGGCUAGCAUUCCUCCAUGAGGAAGUCCAACCACCAAUUAUCCAUAGAGAUAUAAAAGCAAGCAAUAUCCUGCUAGAUCGUCACCUGGAGCCGAUAAUUUCAGAUUUUGGUCUUGCGAAACUUUUUCCGAGCAACAUGACUCACAUCAGCACCCGUGUUGCUGGAACAGUGGGUUAUCUGGCGCCAGAGUAUGCAAUGCGAGGUCAGUUGACAAAUAAAGCAGAUAUAUACAGUUUUGGGGUACUGCUUUUGGAAAUCGUUAGUGGGAGAUGUAACACAAACCGUAAAUUACCAGCUGAAGAACGAUAUCUUCUUGAAACGGCAUGGAAGCUACACGAAAAAGGGGAGCUAAUGAGCUUAGUGGACGCAUCUCUGGAUGGGGAACAUCAUAGGGAAGAGGCAUGCCUAUUCAUGAAGAUCGGUCUUCUCUGCGCACAGGGUCUACCGAGGCUUCGACCAUCCAUGUCGACUGUCGUGAAUAUGCUAAUGGGCUUAGCUAAGGUUAAUGACAAUGAGAUAUCGAGACCUGGGUCAAUUUCAGAUUUCAUGAGUCUAAUUGCUGAGGAAGGCCUGAAAGCUCACUCGAAGGAUUCAUCUUCCCCUGCAUCUGGGGAGUCAAGCGGGCCAGACAAAUCAUCUUUGUGGUCGAAAGACAUGCCCAGCUCAUGUGCUACAAUGACCUUCAAUUCUAUUUAUGAUAGGAGCAUUUGAACUGCGAUAAAUGAGCAGUCGAGCAUCAAUGUCGAAGAAGGGGAAGCGUUGGAAACAGUAUUUGUCCUGAUCUCCAAGUAUGGGACGUCGACAAUAUGGAUAGCCUAUGCAUCUCUAAUAGAAUUGAGGUCACAGCUCAGCUCCAAUGUCAGAGGUUUUCACUUAAAGAUUUGUAUUGCUAAGAUCAUCAAUAGGGUUCUUUCUGUGUGGUGUGCUAAAAUCUCGGAGUGAAAUUGUAUAGGAUAUAUAGUAAUUAGCCAUACCUCAAUCAUCACAUCCCAAAUUUUAGCGAGUUCAUUGCAUG